AAUUCAAUUCAUCAAUGACCACCACCUCUUAAGUACAUUAAUUAGGCACUAACCUCUUUACUAUUCUACUAUUUCAAUUCACGACGUCUUCCACUCUUUCUCUCAUCUGAAUACAUCACAGCUGUCCUCUAACAGCCAGCCAAACUUUCUCUCUCUUCCCCAAUUCAACUUUCUCUCUCCUACAUUCCCACCAUUUUUCCUCCAUCAAUCCACCAUUUUCAGCCAUGGAUGACCACCUCGAAGAAGAAGAUACCACCGACUUACUCCCUUCCACUUCUUCAUUCCCUCGAACUCCCAAAAUCUUCGAUCGAUUUGGUUCUUCUUCUUCCUCCGACGAAGAUUUCUCCCCUUCUUCUUCUUCCGCCAAUCACCAAAACCCUAAUUCUACUUCCUCCAAUGGUGUCGUCAAAACCGCUAGUAAAAAGCUCGAUUACAUGAUUCAAUUUCUCGAUCGCAAGCUCUCUAAGGUUAACAGUAACAAUUCCAGCAAUGGCGGUGUUGUUGCCGGCAAUAAUUCUCCGUUUCCGGAGUUUGUCGGUUCCGGUGGUGGUGCCGGGAUUUUCCGGUUGCCGAUUAGGUCGGCGGUUCGACCGGACCGUCCACCGUGUGUUGAGGUUAGACCGCAUCCGAGGAGAGAGACUCAAGUAGGGCGUGGAUUGAGGACGAUUGUGUGUACUGAUAAGCAGUUAUGGAGUGGAGGAGAGUGUAGAGUGAGGUGUUGGGAGUUUUCUGAGAUUUUUUUGUCUCAUGAUGAUGAUGAUGGUGGUGGUGGUGGUGGUGAUUGUGUUUGUGAGUGUGAAGCUGGUUGUUGUGAGUGUACCGGCGAGGCGAGGCCGGGGGAUGAGAUGACUGCGAGGUUUCAGGAGUCGGCCGAGGUGGCGUCGGAGGUGGUGUGUAUGGUGGGGGAUGAGGGACAGAGAGUGGUGUGGAGUGGACAUAAGGAUGGAAGGAUAUGCGGUUGGAAAAUGGAUGAUGGUAGAAAGAAUGGAUUUAAGGAGUGUUUGUCAUGGCAAGCUCAUAGAGGGCCUGUGCUUUCCAUGGUUAUGACAUCAUAUGGUGAUCUCUGGUCUGGUUCUGAGAUUGGCAUUGUUAGGAUCUGGCCAUGGGAAGCUAUUGUGAAGGCCCUUUCCCUAAAAGCCGAGGAAAGACACAUGGCUAUCUUGGAGGUUGAGAGAUCUUAUGUUGAUCUGAAGAGCCAAGUCACUAUAAAUGGUGUAUGCUACAUGUUUGUGUCAGAUGUGAAGUAUUUGGUAUCUGAUCAUUCCACAGCGAAGGUUUGGAGUGCUGGAGUUUUCUCAUUUGCAUUAUGGGAUGCCCGAACCCGAGAGUUACUGAAAGUCUUCAAUACUGAUGGCCAGGUGGAGAGCUGGCUGGACAAUGCUUCAUUACAGGAUUUGACAACAGAAGAUGAGAUGAAGAUGAGAUAUGUAGCUGCUUUAAAGAAGGAAAAGCCUCAAGCUUCAUUUGGUUUCUUGCAGCGUUCACGUAAUGCCAUUCUUGGAGCUGCUGAUGCUGUUCGUCGAGCUGCAGUCAAGGGGGCGGUGGGAGAUGAUAACCGGCGAACUGAAGCAAUGAUUGUUACGAUAGAUGGAAUGAUUUGGUCCGGAUGCAGCAGUGGCCUUCUUGUGCAGUGGGAUGGAAAUGGCAAUCGUCUCCAGGAGUUCCAGUAUCAUCCUUUUGGUGUUCUGUGUCUUUGUACAUAUGGGUCCAAGAUUUGGGUUGGUUAUUCAAGUGGGAUUGUGCAGGUGGUAGAUCUUGAUGGGAAUCUGCUUGGGAGCUGGGUUGCUCAUAGUAGUCCUGUUAUCAAAUUGGGUGUUGGGUCUGCUUAUAUUUUUACUUUAGCGGGCCAUGGUGGUAUAAAAGGAUGGAACAUAACAUCUCCAGGGCCUAUUGACAACCUGAUUCGUGCAGAAUUAAGUGGCAAAGAAUUUCUUUACACGAGGCUGGAGAAUUUGAAGGUUUUGGCUGGCACUUGGAAUGUUGCACAAGGAAGGGCAUCUUAUGAUUCACUCAUUUCUUGGCUUGGCUCUGCAUCAUCUGAAACUGAUGUUGUUGUUGUUGGCUUCCAAGAACUAGAAAUGGGAGCUGGUGUUCUCGCAAUGUCUGCUGCAAAAGAAACCGUUGGUUUGGAGGGUAGUGCUGUUGGGCAAUGGUGGCUAGACACUAUAGGGAAUCUUUUGGAUGAAGGUUCCACUUUUGAGCGUGUUGGUUCACGGCAGCUGGCAGGUUUGCUCAUUGCUGUUUGGGUGAGAAAGAACCUUGAAGCUCAUGUUGGGGAUGUUGAUGCUGCUGCUGUACCAUGUGGCUUUGGGCGUGCAAUUGGUAAUAAGGGGGCAGUUGCAUUACGAAUGAGAAUCUAUGAUCGAACAAUGUGUUUUGUCAACUGUCACUUUGCUGCACAUUUGGAGGCAGUCAACCGUAGGAAUGCUGACUUUGAUCAUGUGUAUCGAUCAAUGGUCUUCAAUCGGCCGUCUAAUAACAAUGGCGCUGCCGGUAUUAUGCCAUAUCUCCUAUUGUCUUGCUCGGUUGCCUGCUUCAUAUAUUUUUCAUGCUUUGUUUAUCGUUCUGGCUUGUCAUUGGCCCUUUGUCUUGCAGUUGGCGUCUCAUCUACCGUUCAAAUGCUUCGCAGCACUAGUGGUGUGGGAUAUCGUUCAGUUGAAGUAAUGCCUGAUUUAUCAGAAGCAGACUUGGUCAUUUUUCUUGGUGAUUUUAAUUAUCGCCUUGAUGGUAUAUCUUAUGAUGAAGCCAGAGAUUUUAUCUCUCAAAGAUGCUUUGACUGGCUCAGAGAGAGGGAUCAACUUCGAGCGGAGAUGGAGGCUGGAAGAGUAUUUCAAGGCAUGCGUGAAGCCAUUGUUAGGUUUCCUCCAACAUAUAAGUUUGAAAGGCAUCAGCCUGGUUUAGCAGGCUAUGAUGCUGGUGAAAAGAAGCGUAUUCCUGCUUGGUGUGACAGGAUCUUAUAUCGGGAUAGCCGCACUACCUCAGCAUCAGAGUGUAGUCUUGACUGUCCAGUUGUCUGCUCGGUUUUAGAGUAUGAGGCUUGCAUGGAUGUGACUGACAGUGAUCACAAGCCUGUACGCUGCAAAUUUAAUUUGGAUAUUGCUCGCGUUGAUGAGUCAGUGAGGAGACAAGAGUACUGUGAAAUUAUUGAAUCAAACCCAAAAGUCCGCUCUCUACUUCAAGAACUAUGCAGAGUUCCUGAAAUUAUUGUCAGUACAAACAACAUAAUUUUUCAAGAUGAUGGCACUUCACUUUUGCGGAUUACAAACAAAAGUACAGUUGAUAAAGCUAUGUUUACAAUAAUAUGUCUUGGGGAGUCCAUCAUCAACGAUGAUGGAGUAGCACCUAAUCACAGUCCAAGAGGUGCUUUUGGCUUCCCUCGCUGGCUUCAGGUAACUCCUGCAAAAGGUGUGAUUGAACCUGAUCGUACACUGGAGGUCGAAGUUCAUCAUGAGGAGUUCCAAACCCUAGAAGAGUUUGUUGACGGCGUUCCCCAGAAUAGUUGGUGUGAAGAUGCAAGGGACAAGGAAGUCAUUAUGGUCGUAAGGGUUCAUGGAAGUUGCUGCACUGAGAUUGGUAACCAUCGCAUACGUGUUCGUUACUGCUGCUUAGCCAAGGGGAAAAGAUCCAUAGCUAAAACGAGGAACGAGAAGAAAGUCCAGUCGAAUGUCCUGCAGAGGUCAAGCAUCCAAAACCUCAACAAUUCACUAGACGUUUUUGACAAGCUACGUAAGCUUCGCUCUCCUUAACACUGGUCAUUAAUAAUUUUCUUUGUGAGCGUCACUUUUCACGUAAUCUCUGGAAAGUGCUUGUACUGAGGAUUAUCGAUCGUUCCAGGCAACUUUGAGGUUAGCGCAUGUAACUAUGUAAGUGUACUUUUGUUGCUGUGCCUAACAGGUCGUUUUUGCUGAGUUUUAGGCAAACCAUAAUCAUUAUUGUAAAUAGAACCUCUAAAUGGUGCUGAUUUGCAUUACAUUCAUUUGCUGAUCACUGUAGAGUUGAUUUAUAAAAAAAAUUCUGCGUUGAAGCAGAAAUUUGGUUGUAUGUGUACAGAAGGCGUGUAUAGAGUUGAAUGUCAACCCCUUCAGGGAAACAAGGGGGAAUGUGCUCAUUUAGGAAUUUUGAAACAGAAAUUGAACCAAAUUAAAACCCAUGUAUACAAUGGGACUGCCUUUUAUCUUAUUUCUAUUAUUUAUGCUA